AUGCAAAUCAGACUGCUUCGUCUGGAGCCACCAUCGCCCGAUCACAACGAUCACGUGUUCAGUUUGGCGGUCCACGACUUUGACGAGGAGAACUACCCAUCAUAUAUCGCAAUAUCCUACACAUGGGGUUUACCCGUUCCCCUACUGCCUAUUGUCGUGAACGGGCAGAAGGUCAAGGUGCAUUUAAAUUGCUGGUAUGCGCUAUGGCAAAUGCGUCAUCAUGGCUACACUGAUCAGAACUUCUGGGUCGAUUCCCUCUGCAUUAAUCAGAGCGAUGACCAUGAAAAGUCGGUUCAAGUUUCCAUGAUGGGGGCCAUUUAUUCUUCUGCCCAGUGGGUUGCGUCGUGUCUCGGCAUUGGCGACGGCAUUGGCUCUCUGCAAGAGAUUCUAAAAUCCAAAGAUUCCGAUGCCAUCAAUAAGGCUGGCGAGAAACUCCUCCAGCUGUCUUAUUUUGAAAGGGUCUGGAUCAAGCAGGAGACCUUUCUGGCUCGAGAUAUCAAGCUGUUUUGUGGCGCUGACAAAAUAUCAGGGACAGAGUUCGGGGAAAUGUCAGAAGUGGCGAAAUGGAUGCGAGAGCGCCAAAGGCCAGUCUCCAUGUCAUCCAUCUCUUCGAGCCGAAGCUCCUCCUACUCCAGCGAUUCGAGCCUACCAGAGACUGAGACUGAGACUGAGACUAAGACUAAAAAUGUCAGUACCCGACAUGUACGUUCCGCUUGGUCUCCAGAAAGGGUCACAUUUGUGGAUGUUAUCUUGGAGUAUCAAAAAGCCAAGGCAACCGAACCGAAGGACAAAAUAUAUGCACUUCUGUCGCUUGUCUCCAAGGACGACAUCGUCCGACAGAAGCUUCCCAUCGUAUACGGGAAAGGGGCGUCUUUCCCACUGCUUCGCACCGUGGCAAGGCUUCUUUUCAGCGGUUACAAAGAAGUGGCAGCGACUAAGAAAAUCGAAGUAUUGCGUCUGGUAGUCGAAUGGUUGUCAAGCGGCAUUAAAGAAGAGCACUCGUCUCGCACCAUCCAUGCUAUGCUACGUGGCCCUCGACGGGAGGAAGAAGAAGAAUAUGCUGAAAUCGAAAUUGAUGGCUUGAGGUUGAUUCAUGAGGACAAAGAAGGAUAUGAGCUAGGCAAAUCACAGCUUAGGAUUGAGGCUACAGCAUCGAAGCCCUCUGAUAUCUCUAGAAACGCUCACUUUCUUGGGUACGACACACCAAAUCGCCAAGGACGUCGAAGUUUCAAACGUUACCUACCCUCUGAUCUCAAGACCAUGAAGAUUCUGUACAACUAUCAGGAUGACGACAAAAUUCCGCGCUCAGAAGCAGUACGAACAACAAUGUUCUACGUCAACGCCGACGUUGGACCUGGAGAUGUUUUGGCCGUAUUGUUAUGGGGUCAACGGAACAAAAAUAAUAUGUCUCAUUACGCGUAUGCCAUUCUUCGGCCGGUCAAAAUACCUUGGGUGGAGAAGGAACCAAAGGUGAACCAUUCGUCGCAUCUAGGAUAUGAGGCCGAUUUGCCACAUCGGUCAGUCUACGUAUUUCACAGCUGGGCCGUGCCUGGGAGGCUACACCCUACGCUCACGCUACAGAUGCUUUUUCGAGAUGAAACUGGAGCAAACCCUUUGAAAAUACUAUCCGAAGCCUGGGUGAGCCAACUGAACUAUGAUUCUAUUUCCCGGAAACCAGAAAUGAAAGGAAACUUUAAAUUACAUUAUGACGAUAUUCUCAUGCUCCUUCUCACGCACGACGACCCACUACAAUCACUGCUACACCCGUCAACUCGGGACGACUUUGGAUGGAACAAGGGUGUGUCCUUUUUCGAGGAACAUAGUUUUGGAUCUGAUUAUUCCACCAUGGAAUCAUAUAUGGAGAAGGGAGAUGAAGAAGACAUUCGACAAGAGGUAAAACGGAACCGGGGCGAAAGUGAAGCUAGCUCUCGUUUACUCGCCCUCCUCAACGCUGAGAUUUAUGACCCAAAGAAAUCUGGUUAUUAA